CCAGGAAACGGCUGGAAAACGGUUUCUGUCCACAACUCAACCAUUAAGUUUUAAAGUAAAAGUCAAAGAAACUCUUAACAGGUCCGGCUUGUCAACGAUCAAACGGAAGGCUGCAGGGGCCGUGACACACACCCAGUCCUCUACCUUGGCUUUUAAUCUCCGUCCUGCUUCGUGACCGUCCAAAGCUCAGAACAAGGACCGGCUUCGUGGAGCAGCUCCACCAAAACAGCGUUGUAGUUUCAUCCUUAAACAGGUAAAUGAUGAGCGGCUACACGCUGCUGAAGGUGGUGACGUCAGGAAGAAGCAGAUGGACUAAUCGAAUUCUCCAAGGCAUUUCUGGGUGUAGAAAGGCCUCUUUGUCCACCGGUUGUCCAAAGGUGUGUAUAGUGGGAAGUGGUCCAGCUGGCUUCUACACGGCGCAGCAUCUUAUCAAGGCUCGCCAAGAUGUGGAGGUUGACAUUUAUGAGCGGCUGCCUGUGCCCUUUGGCCUGGUCCGGUUCGGAGUGGCUCCGGAUCACCCUGAAGUCAAGAAUGUCAUCAACACUUUCACGCAAACAGCUAAACAUUCGCGCUGCAGUUUCUACGGCAACGUAAACGUCGGGGCGGAUGUGAGCGUGAAGGAACUGCAGCAGGCCUACCACGCUGUCGUGCUGAGUUACGGGGCAGAGGCGAACAGGAGCCUGGGCGUGCCGGGCGAAGACCUGGCUGGUGUUUACUCCGCCAAGGACUUCGUGGGCUGGUACAACGGGCUGCCCGGCUGUCGAAAGCUGAGUCCAGACCUGAGUUGUGAAACGGCCGUUAUUCUGGGUCAAGGCAACGUGGCUUUAGAUGUGGCAAGAGUCCUGCUAUCUCCCAUCGACACCCUGAAGAAAACUGACAUUUCUCAGCCGGCUCUGGACGCUCUGGCAGAGAGUCGGGUUCGCAGGGUGCUCAUAGUCGGCCGGAGGGGACCCAGACAGAUCGCUUGCACCAUCAAAGAAGUCAGAGAGAUGGUGAACCUUCCGGCCACCAGGCCCGAGAUGGUGGAAGCCGACUUUGAAGGUGUCAAAGAAGCCCUUAAAGAUUUGCCGAGGCCCAGGAAGCGUCUGACGGAGCUGAUGCUGAAGACGGCGCUGGAGUUACCCGGGGAGAAGGAGCAGGAGAGAUGGAAAGACGCAUCCCGGGUCUGGGGUUUCCGAUUCUUCCGGAACCCUGUUGAAGUCCUGGCCGACUCCGAAGGCAGCAGAGUCGCCGGCAUUCGCCUGGCGGUCACCAAGCUGGAGGGUUCAGGAGAAACAGCCAAAGCUGUGCUCACGGGAGACGUGGAGGACAUCCCCUGCGGCAUGGUCAUCAGCAGCGUCGGCUAUAAAAGCGUCCCCAUCGACCCAUCUGUGCCUUUCGACUCCAAAAAAGCCAUUGUACCAAACUCCAUGGGCCGCGUCGAACAAACCCAAGGUUUGUACUGCAGCGGCUGGCUGAAAACAGGCCCCACUGGUGUGAUCGUCACCACCAUGAACAACAGCUUUGACAGCGCGCGCUCGGUGUUGGAGGACAUGAACUCAGGGACCCUGGAUGUGUCUGCUGCCAAGGCCGGUUCACCGAGCAUCACUGCUCUGCUGGAGGAACGAGGAGUGAAGCCUGUGACGUUUUCCGACUGGGAGAAGAUUGACGGCGUGGAGCUGCAGAGGGGUGAAGCUUGUGGAAAACCCAGAGAAAAGAUUCUGACCGUAGAAGAAAUGCUGAAAGUGGCCCGAACAUGACGGGAAACAGGUUCCAGGUGACACCGACGUUGAGAGAGAGGGACCACACCUGACAAAAGUGUCUUAGGAAGAGUUCAAAUGGACUACAAAUGUUUUAAAACUGUCCGGUUCUUUAUUGUUGAUUUGUCUUAGUUGUUAAAUUGUUACUUUGCUCAGCAGCAUCGCAGGGAUGGAGCGGUAUUUGAUCUCCCCCCGGACCGUCACAGCACAGAUGUUACUGUUGAUGCAUUUAGCCUGCACCCCGGUGAGUGCCUCGGUAUAGAACGUACCGGAGCAGUGAAUAGCUUUACCUGGCCAAGCCGCUGCACCUGUUGACUUGUUUCAGGAUGAAUGGAAAAACAGUAAUCUGAAUUAUGUUAAGAAGAACGUUGUUAGAUUUGUUGUACAGAAACGUGCCAACCCUUCAGCUGUACCAAUAAAAGUACGGAAACAUGAACCUUGAACACCAUCACACCCCUGCUACCGAUCUACAGCACUGACUCUGACUGACACUGUUUCCAUGGAUGUGCACCACAGAGUAUGAAUUAUGUAUCAUCUUAAAUGUUUAUUAAUUUAUAAUCCAGGAUAGAGAAUUAUUUGAAAUAAAUAAAUAAAAUGUGACAUAUUCUUUCA